GCGGCCUUCGGCAGCAGUUCACGAACAGACACGCGAGCGCGCAGCGAUGGGGCUCAGCGCGAGAAGAAAGAGUUUCAUAAAACCCGGAUCGGUGUGGAUGUUCUGAAACGCAUCGGAUCGAUCGCUAUGGAGAGCUGACCCGUAAACACAGCGAGAGUUUGAACGUCGAUGCUGUUGUAACGUCGCUGAUUGACAUUGUGGAUUGCUUGUUGUGACACCUCCAGACGUCAUCUCGAGCCGCGCAUCUGCAUCUGUUGUGAGUAGUCUAACUAACCCAAGCACCCCUGCAGCGCAGUCCGGGGGUGAUGCUGUCCGUUCUCUCGUACGGUAGACUGGUGGCCCGAGCUGUCAUCGGCGGACUCUCUCAAACCGACAGCCGCGAUUACAGCCUGGUGUCCGCCAGCUUCGGCUUCGGGAAGGAUUUUCGGAAGGGGAUCUUGAAGAAAGGGAUGUGUUAUGGAGACGAUGCGUGCUUCAUAGCCCGACACAGGUCUGCUGAUGUGCUAGGUGUAGCUGAUGGAGUAGGUGGCUGGCGUGACUAUGGAGUCGAUCCCUCUCAGUUCUCUGGGACGCUCAUGAGGACGUGUGAGAGGAUGGUCAAAGAAGGACGAUUUGUGCCAAGCAACCCAGUGGGAAUCCUCACCACCAGCUAUUAUGAGCUACUUCAGAACAAAGUACCACUAUUAGGAAGCAGUACAGCGUGUCUCGUGGUACUAGACAGGCAGAGUCACCGGUUACAUACGGCAAACCUGGGCGACUCUGGCUUUCUGGUGGUUCGAGGAGGAGAGGUGGUCCACAGGUCUGAUGAACAGCAGCACUACUUCAACACCCCUUUCCAGCUCUCUAUCGCCCCUCCUGAGGCAGAGGGCUCCGUCCUCAGUGAUAGCCCUGAGGCUGCCGAUAGCUCGUCCUUCGAUGUCCAGUUGGGGGACAUCAUACUCACAGCUACAGACGGUCUCUUUGACAACAUGCCAGACUACAUGAUUUUACAAGAACUCAAAAAGCUCAAGAAUACCAACUAUGAAAGCAUCCAGCAAACAGCCAAGAGUAUUGCAGAACAGGCCCAUGUUCUAGCAUACGACCCCAAUUACAUGUCUCCAUUUGCACAGUUUGCCUGCGAUAAUGGCUUGAAUGUCAGAGGAGGAAAACCAGAUGACAUCACGGUUCUGCUGUCAAUUGUAGCAGAGUACACAGACUAAUGCUCGCAAGGGGUGCAAAAUGCUUCUCUUGUUGUCUUCCUCUCGGUCACUGGACUGGCGGCUGUUUCCUGCUGGCAGGAUUGAGGGCUGUUUGAGUUUUCUGUUUCUGGCAGGUACUUGGAUCUCACAUCUGUUCAUUGGGUUCUUUGGCCUUACUAGACCAUUCUUCAAAUGAUGUAGUCUGCAGGCUCAAGUCAAAGACCACCUUGAUACGGACUGGAAACAUGGAGUUGUGUUUGACAAGGGCUACAACAGGUGUUGAACACUUCCCCAGUCAUCCAGAAAUUUUGGUAAUGAAGGUUGUGAAGCCAAAAAUUGCGAAAAAAUGGGCAAGAAAGGAUUAACAAUCUGAUUAGGGAAAAGAAAAUUCCCAACAAGAACAUUACGAUGGGUCAUACAGUAGGAGUGUUUAACUUUGCAAAAGGCCAAUGGGAGAUGUGCUUAAGUUACAUGAGUCUUGAGAUGGUACAUGUUGCCUGUUUACUUGCCAUUUAAAAAGACACUCGAUCUGUAACCUCUGGAUAGCCAUAUGCUGAAUGCCAGCUGAGAUGUGAUGUUGAUUGGCACGAGUGACUACUACAAACUCUUCAAUAGCUAAUGGACAGUUUGUAUUUUGGGAAGUAUGUUUAGAAUUCGGACGAGACAUAACUUUACAGUACUAGAUUGAUUAUGAAGCUUAACAACAUCAAAAUGCUGUCAAAGUUAACAAUCAACCAUAGAAAUGCCUUUCCUUUGAGAUAUUAAUUAGUGGAAUUAAUGAAGUUCUCAUGGGUGUUUUGUUUAAGUGAUUCAAAGUACAGGGCAAAUUUACAGUUAACUAGGGAAGACAGACCUUUUCCGUUAAUAUUUAUUAAUUUAAAACCGUAUUAAAUUUUUUACGUAAUGACAGCAGUACAACAAAAUGCAAGGGAUUGCGGGAUGUGUUGAGAUGAAAAGCAGUUCCACUUAAACCACUUUACGAUGUGUAGAUAUUUGGAAAACCGGCUGAAUAUUUAUAUAUGGAAUGUAUGCAUUUGGAAAGUGUAGCCUAUUACACAUCAGAUGUAUAUGAGAGUAUAUUUGAUAAUUGUGUGGAUUCUGU